AUGCCUUUCAUACCUCACACGCCCGAGUCCCUUCUUCCACGAUCAGAUUCAAAGAACCCAGCUUCAACUUGCAAAGGUCUUACCGCGAAUGGCCAGCCCUGUCGACGAUCGCUUUCGAAGUCUCCAAAUGUGUCUCCGAGUCCGAGUCCAAGACGAGCCUCGAGUCCAGAAGCAUUCUGCUGGCAACAUAAAAACCAGGCGGUGACACAAGGUGGUGCUUUUCCACAAGGAAUACAAUCUGCUACGAUUCGGGAACGCACAAGUGUGGAUACAUUGAUUGAUCGACUCGGGCUGCUAGAAGUUGAGGAACGGAAGAAAGAGAGGAGACAACGAAAGCCAAUCCCAAGACCACAACCAGAUGGAUGGAACAGCAGAGAUGAUGAGAGACACAGGCCACAACCCAAGCAAAGCAGCAAUCUCGAGCUGUUGUGCUGCAUUGGAGUAGCAGACGAGAGGAAGAGAGCACCUCGACCAGUGACCAGGCCCGUUCAUGAGCGAAGGACAGCAUCUGUACCUGUCCCUCGUCCUCAAGCCACCACGAAAUCGUCAUCCUCACACCUCCCAGUCAGACCGCCUAUCAAUCGAGAUCCCUCCUCAAGGACAGGCGAAUUUCUCUCACUCAUACCGAGAUCAGCAUCACCACAGACCACAGCUCUCUUACUUGGAGAACUUGCAAAGCCAGUUUCUGAAUUGGAUAAUGAAGGCUUCAUCUACAUGUUCUGGCUUACUCCGGAAUCUGUCCCGGCUGCACCACCCGCAGAAACAGCAUCAUCACUGCUUGCUCCACCCUCUCGACCAGAGCCAGGACGGCGAAGGACCUCAGAUGUGUUGAAUACUUUUGCAACCAAUGUCCCAAAUACCGCAAACAAGAAGACGAUUAUGCUAAAGAUAGGCCGAGCUCAAAACGUUCAACGACGUCUCAAUCAGUGGACCAGACAAUGUGGCUACGAUCUUUCCCUAAUCCGAUAUUACCCCUAUCAUCCAACUACACUCUCAGAAACGAACGUGAAUGAGAUACCAAAAACACCCAGGAAGGUUCCAAAUGCACACAAAGUUGAGAGAUUGAUACACAUUGAACUCAACGGCCAAAGACCACAAGGAGGUGGAAAGUGCAACGCUUGUGGCAAAGAACACAGAGAAUGGUUCGAGGUUGAUGCUUCUCGGGAUGGCGUUAGGGCUGUGGACGAGGUUAUCAGACGAUGGGUAGACUGGGCAGAAAGGGACGCGAGAUGA